AUGGGCGUCGCGGCUGGGGUCGGGAGGCGGGGCGGGCGCGGCGGCGGCGGCGGCCAAUCAGCGGCAUUGUUUGUGGUGGUGCCGGUUGCGCUCGGCGGCGGCCGCGUCUGCUCCGCCCGCCCGGCCCGGGACCCCCGGGACCGCCCGGGACCCGCCGGGAUCCGCCGGGAGCCACCGGGAACCGUCCGGAACCCACCGGGAACCGCCGGGAACCCGCCGAGACCCCCCGCGACCCCCGAGCCAGCACAGCCCCUGAGACCCCCGGGUGGGUUUGGGGGAUUCUGGGGGUCUCUGGGGGGGUCCCUGGUGGUCCUGAGCCCCCUCCCCGCCCCGCAGCCCCCCGAGCCGUCGCGGGUCCGGGUGAGGCUCCUGUGGGAUGUGCUGAGCCCCGACCCCGAGAGCUGCCCCCCGCUCUACGUGAUCUGGAGGCUGCACAGUAGCAUCCCCCCCCGGCUGCAGCCCUGGGGCCCCCCGGCCCGCCCGUUCUCGCUGCCCUUCCUGGAGGCCCUGCUGGGCCACGUGGGGCUCAACGAGGUGCACAAAGCCAUCGGGCUCUUCCUGGAGACCCUGGCGGACCCCGGGGCCCCCCAGACCCUGCACAGGGGCAUUUACCGGGAGCUGCUGUUCCUGACGCUGGCGGCGCUGGGCCGGGAGCACACGGACAUCGCCGCCUUUGACCGCCGGUACCGUUCGGCGCUGGCCAAGCUGGGCGGGGCCCCGGGCCGGGACGAGCUGCGGCGGCGGCGGGCGCAGCCCCCGAGUGCGCGAGCGAGCGAGUGCCGCCGGUGCUUCGGGGCGCCCCCCGAGUGCUGAGGGACCCCCGGGACCGGGACAGGGAACGCCGGGAACCCCCCAGGAUGAGAUAGGAACGACCCCCCCAGGGCACCCCCAAAGUGGGGCAGGGACCCCCUUGAGGGUUGGGGGAGGCUUGAGGUGGGGAUGGGACCCCCAGGACCCCCCCUCAAAUGCUCCAGAGUGGGGUUGGGACCCUCAGGACCCCCCUCAAAUACUCCAGGACCCCCCUCAAAUACUCCAGGAAGGACAAGGGACCCCCCUUAAAUGCUCUAGGAGGCAGAAGAGACCCUCAGGACCCCCCUCAAAUACUCCAGGAGGGACAAGGGACCCCCAAGACUUCCCUCAAAUGCUCCAGGGUGGGAGAAGGACCCCCAGGACCCCCAUUUCAAUGCUCUAGGGUGGGGGAAAAAGACCCCCAAGCCCCCCUCAAGUACUCCAGCAUGGGGAAGGGACCCCAGGACCCCCCUCAAAUGCUCCAGGAGGGAGAAAGGACCCCCAGGACCCCCCUCAAAUGCUCCAGGGUGGGGAGAAAGGACCCCCGCCCCCCCAGGCUCACGACGGGUUUUCUAUGUCAGUAUUAAUAUAUUUUUAUUUAUUUAUUCAGCCUCCCCCAGAGUGAGAGCGCGGGUGGGACGGGCAGGGGCGGCUCUGGGGGGGUUCCCCAUCCUCAUUUCU